AAAACCUCUUGUUCUUCAACCACCACAAGCAUCAACACUGAGUCCAUCUCAUCUUUGCUUGACUCACAUAUCUGGUAUCUUUUCUCUGACUCGAUUUCGUUAUGGAGAAUGGAAACUGCCCUCUUUGAAGCUUCCGAAUGAUUUGCCUUACGAUUGAGAUGAAAUCGAAGGUGAUAGGUACAGUGUGUCAUGUUAUGAUGUAUCUAUAGAGCAAUGUCUCCUAGGGCUGGCGCAACCGUGACCACAUCUCGGCAGCUUGAUUGACAAUAUGCUCGUUUCUCACAUGUCGCACGGUUUCCAUCGAUUGAUGCGUGUUUUAGGUCUCACGGACGAUGAAGCUCUGUGGUUAGGACUACGAUAGUGCAAGUCAGGUUCUGGACAACAUCACUUAUCAUCAAUGGCUUCUAGAGACACCACAGCAGGAGAACUAGUAUGGCUCGUCACCGGCAGCUCUUCCGGUUUCGGUCGUAGACUGGUGAAUUCUGCCGUCGCCCGUGGAGACAAAGUCAUCGCUACUUCACGCAGUAUUGAGGGCCUAGAAGAUCUGUCGAGCUUAUCGAAUGUCCGAGUAUUGCAACUUGACGUGACAGAGGGUCCAGACAUUAUCAAACAGAAGAUCGACGCUGCAGUGACUUUCUUCGGUCGUAUCGAUGUCUUGGUAAAUAAUGCUGGCAUCGCUGUCAAGGCUAGUGUGGAGGAAGGAGGGUCAAAGGAUUUCAUGGAUCAGAUUCAAACCAAUGUCAUAGGGCUGCUCGAUGUAACAUCGGCUGUCCUGCCUCACAUGCGUGCGCGACAAUCCGGAACGAUAGUCGUGAUUGGCAGCCGUUCGAGCUGGUUUAGCGAGAAUCAGUUCACAGGUCAUUACUCGGCGUCUAAAGCGGCUGUACGAGUUCUCGGAGAGACCCUGGCUGUAGAGGUGGCCCCGUUUUCCAUCCGAGUUCUCAUUGCAGAGCCCGGUCCAUUCAGGACGGAGGGGAUGCUGUCCCUACCCAUGAGCACGCACAACAAUAUACCCGAAUACGACGAAGCUAGGGAACGGACAGAUCAACAAGUUAAAUGGUUUGACGGGAAGCAACCCAACGAUCCGGUCAAAGCUAUGGAGAUUCUUGUCGAUGUUGUUCGUGGGGAAGGUCGUGCUGCUGGAAAGCCAUGGCCUUUGUACUUGCCAUUGAGUAUUGAAGCGGAAGAAGCGAUACGGAAUAAAUGCAAGGUAUUGUUAAACGUUGUUGAUGAAUGGAAGGAUGUGAUUCGGGACACAAGGGUAGAGUAGAAUUUGUGAGAAUUAAAUUUUAAUUCAAUCAUUCUUUGCGGGCCCUUAGGGAACUGUAUUUGCCACUAGCGAACGAAAAAGACUGGGUAGAAGACAGUCAUUUCUGGCACCCUAGCAACCGUUCAGGAUGUUUCGGGGUAGUUUCUAAUACAUACCAACAACAUUUCUGAUUG